AUGUUUAACUCUCCGUUGAAGCCUGUUGUGAAGAGACCAGUAGUGAAACAGCAACUUCGUCAUCACAGUCAACGAUUUUCAACCUCUCUUUCAUUGUUUGAUCCUCUUCCAUCUCAAAACGAUUCUGAAACAGUUGCAGCAAAAAAGCCUUAUCGUCUUGAUUUAUACAUUUCCUAUUCAUCCCGAUUAACAAGACAUUCAUCAUCAAGCUCUUCUCAAUCCAAAGAAUCUUCAUGCUCCACUCCCUCUUCAUUCACUCUUCAUCAUGAACUCAUGUUCCGAAAAUUCAUUCCUCUUGAAAAACAUUUCCAUUCGAAUUAUGAUCAUCAUUAUCGGAAUGUGUGCAUGAAAGCCUUGUUUCAUUCUCGACUUGAAAAGAAUUUGGAAGAGACCUCUCGAGAGACUCAUGCAAUGAAUUCCAAUAUUUCAACUCCUCUCUCUUCUUCAUCAGAGCCUUAUUCUCCAUUUUCCUCUUCUUCCUUUCCAACCAUGAAGAACAACACUUUACACUCUUCAACACCAAGUCAUAGUAUUAACCGUAUGUCACCAAGAAAAAACUCUUCUAAAAAGAAGGAACAUUCAACAUUCUCGGCAGGUAUGUCAUUCCACUACAAGGGAAGAAUGGGUUUUACGAGUAUGCAAUUUAUUCCAACAACGAGUGCUUGCAUGUCUCCUCCAAUUCUUGUCACUGGAGAUGCAGAGGGAUCGAUUCAAUUAUUCUCCAUUGGUCACGUCCAUGGCUCUCCAAAAACAAUGAUUGAGAAACCUUCUUUGAAAAUUUCAGUACCCAUGAAAUCUUUUGUCAAUAGAAUUUGUACAACAAAGAGUGGAGGAUGUCUUGUGGCAAGUGAUGAUUCUACCUUGUUUUUUUAUGAUUUAUGUCGACCAGCAGUGGAAGGAUGUCAACCAACAGUGAAAUUCGAAGGACACACCAAUGACUUGACCGAUGUCAAGAAAAAUACUUGGGAAAAUUUAUUUAUGAGCUCAUCGAUGGACAAGUCUGUGAAAUUAUGGUCUCCUCAACUCUCCAAACCGUUGUUUUCGCUCAAUAUUAAGGAAUAUGUCCAUUCGUGUUGCUGGAUGCCUUACAGUAAUCAUUACUUGUUGACAUGCUCACAAAAAGUCAUUACUGCACCUUGUUCGGAGAGUUGCAUCAAAAUUUGGGAUUUACGAAAAUUAUCGAGUCAUGUUUGUGAAAUUAUUGAGAAUGGAAAAUUCAAUGAGUUGCGCUCGUCUUUAACGACUUUCAAUGAUGACGAUUCAGAAAGUGAGAGUGAUGGAGACAAUUUUGGAGGAUCUUCGUUUUUUGGAUUCUGGUCUGCCUCAUCCUCGUCGUCAUCCUCGAGAAAAUCUUGGCAACGCGCUGCCUUAACAAGUUUUGGAGCAGCUACAUCCAUUUCAGAACCAGAAUCGUACUAUGAUUCGACAGCACAAAUGUAUGUGGAGCCAUUCCUGCCACAUCGAGCCUCAGAGAAGAUUUUUGACAUUCAAUUUUUGGACGAGUCACACUUGUUGUCCUCCUCACCGUUUUGCACCAAGAUUUGGAACAUUCAAGAAUUGUGUGGUGUUGAUGGUCGUACAAAGGAUGAGCAGAGCAAGAUGAAGGUCACUGGCAUGUGUACUCUCUCACACAAAUAUUAUUCAAAUUAUGAUGACACUUCAGUUCAAUCCUGUAAUGUUGUACCUGCUAUUCAUUCACCAACAGGUCACUUGCUGACUGGUUGCAAAGAUGGUCAUUUAUACAUUUGGAAUACAGCAAUUCACACUCAAAACACAAAUAAGAGAACGAAUUUCACAACACGAAUCAAACAAGCUCAUGUAGCAGCCAUUCGUUCCCUAUGCUGUAGUCAUGAAGGCGAUUUGUUUGCAUCGUGUGAUCAAUUAGGUCAUUUGUACAUUUCAUCCAUUUAUGAUGGUACGAGUGACGACAAUGCCAACAACAUGAACGACAAUAAUUGGAUAGACUUGAAUUGCAGCUUUGAUUCCAACUCCUCUCGCAACAAUACCUCUCAAAUAAGUAUCGACAUGAGCUCAAUAUUUUUUGAAGAUGAUCGAAUGCCAACCACUACGAGAUUGACAACCGAUCCAACAACUGUGGCUGGAUCUGUUGGUAGUGGCAGUAGCAGUAGUGGAGGAGAGGAGCAGUAUUAUUCUAAUAGUUCUAAUGAACAUAACUAUUCGAAUUUAUUUACAAUAACAUCUAGUCCGCAAAAGAGGUCAAAAGAUGCCGAGCUAGAGUCAUCAUCAAGAAGAAAGAAGAAAAAGAAAUAA